UUUUGAUCGUCAGCAGCAAUACUGGACUGGGGUUUGUUUUGUGUAACGAAAACGAACUGUGUUUUGUGCUUUUUCUUCUUCAAUAGCAAAAUCGGCGUUCGGAGCUCGGAACUCGGCGUCAAUGGCGUGGCGGCCGCUGCACUCGAUCGUCAUCCAGAAACUACUGAGCACGAACGCACAGUUAGGGAGGCGUGUGGUGGCUGACCAUAUGAAGGUAUUCACUUACGGCAAACGAAAUGACUUAGCCGUUAUGGACUCAGAUAAAACCCUAAUCUGUCUCCGCAACGCCGCCGAAUUUAUGGCCUCCCUGGCACAGCAGAAGGGAAAGUUCAUGUUCGUGAACACAAAUCCACUCUUUGACGAGAUUAUUGAGCAGAUGACGAAGAAGAUCGGGUGUUAUUCUCCUUCGAUGAACUCUCUAUGGCGAACCGGUGGGUUUCUUACUAAUAGUUACAGUCCUAAGAAGUUCAGGUCUCGUAACAAGAAGCUCUGCUUUGGUCCUACACAGGCUCCAGAUUGCCUCGUCGUUUUCGAUUCUGAGCGUAAAUCUUCUGUUAUCCUUGAAGCUCAUCGUCUUCGGAUUCCAAUCGUAUCGCUCGUCGACUCUGCUAUGCCGUUGGAUUACUACUCGAAGAUCACCUAUCCCGUUCCAGCCAAUGACUCCAUUCAGUUUGUUUAUCUCUUCUGUAAUCUCAUUACUAAGACCUUUCUUCUUCAGAGUGGCCAGGAUAAGGAUCAAAAGCUUCUAACUUCUGCUUGAGUUGAGACUUAUUCUUCUUCGGGUAACAAUAAUAAUGAUAAUGAUAAUAAUCAGUUUUGUCUACAUACGAUUUUGUUUGGUUUUUCUCUUAAGUCUUUUGACCAAACAUGAGUGGUAAAAGGGUGUUUAUUGUGCUUUCACUUUUCUCAAUUCACUGAUUGAAUCCUUUAUUAUUGUUAUAGUUGCUUAGGAAAUAGGAACAAUGACAACAAUGUUGGGUUUAAGUGUAGUAAAUUUUACUUUAUUUUAUGUUUCUGAAUGUUUAGACAAAGAAAAUGUCUUAUAUAUUUGAAACUUGAGCUGGGAAAGCUCUUCUUUUC